AUGGAUUACCAGCCGGUCGUCGUGCGUAAGCAUGCCCGCCCCGCCACCACCAAACACAACGCGGAGUCCCGGUACUGGCGGCAGUACCGGCACCCGGUCUUCAUCAAGGAAUACGCCCCCGUCACCUCCGUCCACUUUGCUCCGUCUAAGCCUCACCGCUAUGCGGUAACUGCUGCGACUCGCGUCCAGAUUUAUGCGCCUAGGACACAGAAGGUCACGAAGACUAUCUCGCGGUUCAAGGAUGUCGCGCGGAGUGGCUGCAUACGAGGGGACGGGAAGCUCGUAGUUGCAGGAGACGACAGUGGUCUCAUUCAGGUGUUCGACAUAAACUCCCGUGCCAUCCUCCGUACCCUGGACUCCCACAAACAGCCCGUACAUGUCACCAAAUUCUCUGCCUUGGACCAGACGCAGGUCCUAUCAUGCUCCGACGAUACCACUGUGAAGCUGUGGGACGUCCCAUCACAAGCAGCUAUUACCACCUUCCUCGACCACACCGACUACGUCCGCACAGGUCAAGUCUCCACCUCAAACCCCCAUCACAUCCUUACCGGCUCCUACGAUGCGACUGUCCGCCUGUUCGACUCAAGAACAGGCGAAUGCGAGAUGGUCAUGGGAGAACCUUCGGGCGAGGGCAGCACUCGCAAUACUCACCCAGUGGAACAGGUCCUCAUGUUUCCCUCCGGUACCGUCGCUCUCUCGACGGCGGGCCCCAUUCUGCGCGUGUGGGACUUGGUAGCGGGAGGCCGGUGUACGAGGGCCAUGUCAAAUCACCAGAAGACCAUCACCUCGCUCGCGUUCAACUCGGACGCGAGUCGGGUUCUGACCGGAGGCUUGGACCAAAUGGUCAAGGUGUACGACGUUAGCACAUACCGCGUCGUACAUACUAUGCGGUACCCUGCGCCUAUACUGUGCAUGGCGAUAUCGCCCGACGAAACACAUAUUGCCACUGGGAUGUCAGACGGUACGUUGUCUGUACGACGACGUCAACCGAAGGCGUCCGAGCCUGCGGCGAGAGACCUCUUCUCGGCCACGUCUCUACGGACAGGUGCUUUCGAGUCCUUCCUCGGCGGUGCACUUCCUGCACUCGGUCAAGGGCGCGUAAAAGAGAAGCGGAAGUCAAAACCUGUAGGCGACGUCGACGAGCUGAAGGUGGAGAGCAAACGGAAGAAGAGCCUGCGCGAGUACGACCGACUCCUGAAGAACUUCAAGUACUCGGCAGCGCUAGACUCGGUGUUGCGCAAGAAUGUCCCACCAACCACAGCUUUCUCCCUGGUCCAAGAGCUGGUCCACCGAGAUGGUCUCCGGACAGCCUUGGCUGGACGCGACGAUGUACUCUUGGAGCCCGUGCUACGUUUAUUGCUAAAACACAUCACCGACCCACGUUUUGGAGAGAUGGUCUGCGACGUCGCCAACGUUGUGAUCGAGAUGUACACCCCCGUACUAGGCCAGUCACCACUCAUCGAUACGCUGUUUGUCCGCCUCCGGAAGAAGGUCGCGACCGAGAUCCGGUUCCAAAAAGAGCUCGUGAAGGCCAAGGGCGCGCUGGACAUGCUCCUUGCCUCGGCCGCACUCUCCGUUGUAUAG